AUGAACACAUCUACGGAGACCAAAUGCCGCUAUAACAACUACUUCGUGUCGGAAAAAGAUCUGAAGUAUGUGCCGCCCUAUCUUCGGGACGUUCCCGAGACACCAAACGAGGUGCAAUGUCCAACCAAGGGCGCUUGGCCGACUUGGCUGGAGGGAACAUUUGUGAGAGUUGGCAUGGGUCGUUUCACAGUCCCCCUUUCUGAAGAUGGCUCCAAGCCGAAUGCUGUGCUUCAGCACUUUUUUGAUGGCCUAGGCAUCCUGCACAAAUUUCGGAUGACCGAUGGCGAAGUCUUUUACACCAGCCGUCACACGUCUGACGGUAUUUUAAAGAAGGCGAAAAAGAAUGGCUAUUUGACUACCUCAAUGUUCGGGAUUAAUGCGAACACGCCACUGAAGCACGCUCAAGACCCUUGCUCUGCCCUGCUAGGUGCUCAGCAAUCGUUCUACUUGCCGACUGGGUACAUCGGCCCUGAUGAAGCCAACAUGAGCGUCGUGCCGCGCAGAGGCAUGCACCUCCUAGCUGACGACAACCCUUAUUCUAGAGGGACAAAAGCACAGGAUCCUGGGACUGAAGAGGUUCUGGUUCAUACGGACUUUAACUUGCUGCAAGUCUGCGACGCCAAAACCCUCGAGCCCAAGCGAAUGCUCACAUAUGCUCAAAUCGACCCCCAGCUCGCUGGGUAUGGUAUUUGUGCACAUCCCCCAAAAGACCGAAAGCGCGGUUGGACAUUCAACUAUCUCAUCAACCCCGAGGACGGCGUCAUGUCUGUUUUCGCUCUGGAUAUAAAGUCCAAGCCAGUUUCCCUGCUCUGGAAAACUCCUCUCCCAUGCAAGCCUUGCUACAUCCAUUCAAUGGCUAUGACGGAAAGAUUCGUGGUUUUCAUUCGAAACCCUUUGUAUAUGGAUGUCAGCGACACAACCAAGCAACUCAUGGAGGCUUUAGAAUAUGAGCCCGAAUCUCCUACCCAGUUCUAUGUUCUCGAAAAGAUCACUGGAAAGCACGUGGCAACUUAUGACGGCAACGGAUUCAUGUUCUUCCACUCUGUUAACGCCUACGACUACGUGGAUGCCAGUACGGGCGAGUUGAAUAUCCACGUGGACCUCUGCAGUUACCAAGGUACUUAUAUCCCCUAUCGCGAGUACAAUCUGAGCAAUAUCGUCGACCCGGCUGGGCCAUUUCAAGAUGGUACAUUGGUACGGUACGAGCUUGCAGACGUGGAGAGGGCAGAUCCCGAGGUUCCCGGACGCGUCACUAUCGCAGCCGCUAUUACUGAAGUGACCUCCGAACUACCACGAAUUACCAAGAGCGCGUCUAUGGUACCGGGGUAUCGCUACGUGUACUUUACUGCUGGGAACGGCGGCGCAUCUCCGGGGACAGCAGUGCCAAUCGGGCGCCUGGGCAACGGAAUGAAGGCUGUUCAAGCGGCCUUCUUUGGCAGCAUAGCCAAGUCUGAUUGGCUCACCGGGACUUAUAAGGGCUGGCAACCCGAGAAUGGCGAGAGCUGCCCUUGCGAGCCGGUCUUUAUUCAACGACCUGGGGCAACGGAGGAGGAUGACGGUGUGGUAUUGACAAUUGUCAUCAAUCGCGAGGGAACGCACAGUAUCCUUGUGGCGUUGGAUGGAAAGACAUUCGAGGAGGUAGCGAGGGCAGAUAUGCCCCAGGUAUAUGCUCUAGGUCCUCACGGGUCGUUUGUCGAAGGUUCUUUCGGUUUGUGA